AUGGAAAAGAGAACCUCAGCAAUCUUCCCUAGAAUCCAAGCCAAAUUGGAGAAAGCUAAGGAAGCUGCUGCUCUUUGCAAUUCCAUUCCUUCUUCACCAACUGCUUUCCAAUGGCAUGUAUCUUCCUAUGUAACUUCAAUGCUGAGGAGUAUGUCUCUGAGUGGUAUAGGAAAGAUACAUACCUUAAGGCAUAUGGCAACUCCAUACCUCCAUGUGGAAAGACACUGGACUAAGGUGGACUAUCCAUUGCAACCACCCCCUAUAAAGAUAGGGCCAGGGAGGCCUAGGAAAAACAGAAUCAAGGACCCACAUGAGGACCCAAAGAAGCCUGGGAAGCUCACAAGGCAUGGUGUUGAGAUGCACUGUAGUGUGUGUAAGGGGAAGGGUCACAACAAGAGAAGAUGUCCUAAUAAGGACAGUGCUGCAGCUGCUGCUAAUAAGAGACAAAGAGUAGAACAAGCAUCAACAUCAGCAAGCACUCACUUAGAAAUUGCAUCUGGACAUGCUUCAAAUAUAAGUGCACAACCAUCAAGAACUGGAAGAAAUGGGAGAACAAUUGCUGGUGGUAGGGGCUCAAGAGGAACAGGAGUUGGAAGAGGGAUCAGAGGUGCAGGUAGAUCCUCUACUGUAACUGGGAGGGGCUCUAGGGGAGGAGGAGAUGGAAGAGGGUCCAGAGGUGCAGGAAGGGGUCGAGGGAGCAAGGGGAGAGGUGGAAGUAAUGGAGGCAGAGGAAAUGUACCUGCUGGGGUUGGUGUAUUUGUUGGCAAUGAUGGGUCAACUUACUUCAAUGGGAGGAUGCAAGCACAAGGCUCCCAAUUAGCCUUGGGUCUAGGUAGCCAAGCAUCAACAAGCACCACCAAUCAUCCUUCAGUUCAUGGAUCUGUUUAG